GGGGCGAGUGUGGGAGCCGCCGGAGGGGGGAUUAAAACAAGCAGCUUAGGGGGUGGGGCGGGGAAAGCAACAAGGAAAAAAAACCUCAAACCCCAAAACCAAAAAAAAAAAAAAAAAAAAAAAAAAAAAAGCCAGCCAUUUCCCCCCCACUCACAUAUCCAGCCAGUCUUCCGAGAGAGGCAGCAACCUCCCAGUUCGUAACGAAAAGGGGAAAAGCCAAAAACCAUGAGCAAUCAGUACCAAGAGGAGAGCUGCUCUGAGAGGCCUGAAUGCAAAAGUAAAUCUCCAACUUUGCUCUCCUCCUACUGCAUAGACAGCAUCUUGGGCAGGCGGAGUCCCUGUAAAAUGAGAUUGCUAGGAGCUGCUCAGAGCCUGCCUUCUCUGUCUAACCGGACAGAUCAGGAUAAGGUCGCGCAAGGCUCCCCGAAGGGCAGUAGUCCCCAGUUCGAAGCGGAACUUCAUCUACCCCCCAAGCUUAGGCGCCUCUACGGUCCGGGAGGGGGCCGCCUCCUGCAAGGAGCUGCUGCGGCGGCAGCGGCGGCGGCGGCAGCAGCGGCGGCGGCGGCGGCCGCUGCGGGCCCGCGCGGGGAGCCCCAGCAGCAGAGGUCAGGAGACAGACCCGACGGGGCUGGAGCUGGAGCCGGGGUUGGGGCCACCUCUGCCUGGGACACGCUCAAAAUCAGCCAAGCGCCACAGGUUAGCAUCAGCCGCAGCAAGUCAUACAGGGAGAACGGGGCCCCCUUCGUGCCGCCGCCGCCCGCUCUGGACGAGCUGGGGAGCAAGGGAGGCGCCCCGCACCCCGACGACAGGCUGGGGCAAGUAGCUUCGGCUGCUGCCGCCUCCUCCGGUCCUCCAGGCCCGGAGGACGAUGAGGAAGAGCUGCUGGAGGACGAAGAGGAAGACGACGAAGAAGAGUUGCUGGAAGACGACGAGGAGGAGCUCCUGGAGGACGACGGCAGGGGCCUCCUGAAGGAGCCCAGGCGCUGCACGGCUGCCACCGCUGCUGCCGCCGCAGCCGCUGCCGCUGCCGCCGCAGCCGCCGCCGCCGCUGCCGCGGAGGGCGGGGAGCUAUCCCCCAAAGAGGAGCUGUUGCUGCACCCGGGCGAGGACGGCGAGGGCAAAGACGGCGAGGACAGUGUGUGCUUGUCUGCUGGCAGUGACUCCGAGGAGGGCCUGCUCAAGAGGAAGCAGCGGCGUUACCGCACUACCUUCACCAGUUAUCAGCUGGAGGAACUGGAGCGGGCUUUCCAAAAAACUCAUUAUCCCGACGUUUUCACCAGGGAAGAGUUGGCUAUGAGAUUGGAUCUUACAGAAGCCCGAGUCCAGGUCUGGUUCCAGAAUCGUCGGGCCAAGUGGCGAAAAAGGGAAAAAGCAGGAGCUCAGACACAUCCUCCAGGUUUGCCUUUUCCUGGCCCUCUCUCAGCAACCCACCCCCUCAGUCCAUACCUGGAUGCCAGUCCCUUCCCUCCUCAUCACCCAGCUCUGGACUCAGCCUGGACUGCUGCUGCUGCUGCAGCUGCUGCCGCCUUUCCCAGUCUACCUCCUCCACCUGGUUCUGCAACUUUGCCACCAAGUGGGACUCCACUAGGCCUCAGCACUUUCCUGGGUGCAGCAGUAUUCCGGCAUCCAGCCUUCAUCAGUCCUGCAUUUGGAAGGCUCUUCUCCACUAUGGCUCCCCUGACUAGUGCUUCCACCGCUGCCGCCCUACUGAGACAGCCCACUCCCGCGGUGGAUAGCGGAGUGCAGUCAAGUGCGCUCUCAGACCCCGCCACAGCUGCCGCAGACAGACGGGCUUCAAGCAUAGCAGCUCUGAGGCUGAAAGCAAAAGAACACGCCGCUCAGCUGACACAGCUCAAUAUCCUCCCUGGGAACAGCACAGGGAAAGAGGUGUGUUAAAAUCCGACCCAGCACCACCACCGAUAAUCAAAUAAAAGGUCACCUCAAAUAGCACCAAUCAAGACCAAAUGGAAAAAAAAAAAAAAAAAAAAAAAAAAAAAAGAAAAAAAAAAAAAAGAAAAAAGAAAAAGAGGACCAGCAAACUAAGACAUUGGAGAGGUUCUCGAGUUAGGAACUUGGAGAAAGAAAGCAUCCUUUGCCACAGUGCUCUCCUGAGUAAACCAACAUUAACAGCUCCUGAAUAGCAAAUUCCUUGGCUGGUACCUUUUUUCUCCCCUUAAAUGUCCAACCUGCUGAUUUGUUCUUUCAUCUCCCUCUUUUAAAAUGACGUCAUGAUGUAAAAUAUAUUUUGAGUCUCUUUCUUACUAUGUUUUGCUUUUUCUCCCUGGAUUCCACGUAUAAUAUUUAAUAUGUGUGCUUUUUUAAAGAUUGGAUUCUUCUCUUUCCUAUUCUCCCCAUCUUUUAAAAACCACACUUUGACCUACUGAGUUUUCUCACCCAAGGAUGCUUCCAGGGAAGAAAGAGAGUUAAUUUGAUGCUGUAUGAUAACCAGUGCACUUAAAGGAAAGGGAUAUCUUUUUCUUGUUCUAUUGUUUAUCACUACACCAACCAAGGUUUUUAUAUCAAACCAAAGGGAAAUACACUGCUAGAAUAUGGACUGUCUAAGUCACUAAACUGUGAUUAUUGAUUCUAUACAUACCAUUGUUAUUAAAAAAAAAAAAAGAACAGAGCUUUGUAUAUUUGAAAUGUUAUAAAACAAUUGCACUCAGUGUAGUGUUGUAAAAGUUUGUCCUUCUGUAGAUUCUUACUGUGUUGUAGAUAUGAUAGGGUUCCUAGACAAAUAUUUAUGUACACAGACCCUUUAUUUAACUUAUUAACUGUAGAGGUUCCUGAAACCUUUAAAAAAAAAAAAAGGCAAUGGUACAGUACUUUUGUGUAAUGUUGUUCUUGUUCUCACUUUUCCUUGCUAUCCGGUGGAGAAGUGCCACACUCAGAAAUAAAAAUAUAUAUAUAUGUUUAACAAAA